AACCCACUAGAUUCCGAGCAAAAAAGCGUUUAAUCACUUCGAGGGGUUCGCUCGUUAGUAUCACAAUCUGUACGAUUUAGAUUUUCUUUAAUUCGCAGAAAGAAAAUGUUUUUCAAAACUGUACACUGAGAUUGCAAAUCACUCAUAUAUGUGUAAGACACUGGUCUACCAUAAUGGUGCUGGUGAACAGUAUCUACUAAAUCAUAGCUAGGUCGACCUUGGAAUCCAUCGGUGGAAUAAAAACCUGCCUGAAAAUGAAAAAUGCACUAUAAUGCGUUAAAAUUACAUUUUGAUCCGAAGUAUUAUUCCAACUAGUGUAAACGCAUCCAGGAAGCUAAUUUGUUCAAUUUUUAUUGAGUUCGAACGCUUUACGAUUUGAGUGCAUUAGAAUUAAUUUCAAGUCUCAUAUAAGUUCGAAAAAUAACGCAUUUUCACGCAUUCAACAGUAUUUAGCUAAGGUGCACGCAUCAAAUUUUUCUUUUGUUUAUAUGCGCGUUAGAGUAUCACAAUUAUUUCAUGGUUAACUUAUGUUUGGUCUAUGCAAAAUAUUGCUGUAUUAGAACGUACAGUUUUCCAUUAUAGUUCUAAUAUAAGUCAGUUUAAAACUUCAUCGUAUUAGUCUAUAAUUAAACGAAACGUUAAAUGGUAUUUUUCCUUCUUUUAUGAUGCGUCUUCAGUAUCAAAACAUAUCGAUCUUGAUUAUCCUGCUAGUAGUCAAAAUCUGUUGGCUGGCUAUUUACGGAUUAAUUCUGGUGAUCAUUUUGAACAAAAUGUAAAAGUAACAUCGAUGGCUCUGUAUGUGAUUCGUGGUCAAGGUAAAACGUCAUUGAAAGAUAAUGGUGAGAUCAUAUGGAAUGAAGGUGAUCUGAUGGUUAUACCCUACACAGGUGGCGAAGCAAUUGUUCAUUCUGUUUCCAAUGAUCAAUUAGAGCAGAGUGCCGCUUUGUAUUAUGUACAUGAUGGUCCACUACUUCGAUAUUUAAACGUUGUACCAAAUGGUCAAGCAUUUACAACAACAGUAUUUCGAGCCAAAGUAUUAAAAGAAAAAGUUGCUAGUAUUCGAGAACAACUGGGAGCAGAACAUCGAAAUCGUUUAGGGGCACUGGUGGGAAAUCCGAAUACACAGGAAACAAAAAGUUUAACACAUGUUUUAUGGGCAUUAAUGAAUGUAUUGCCGGCAAAAUCAAUGCAAAAACCACACAGACAUAACGCUGUGGCAUUAGAUUUGGUGACAUAUGCUCCAUCUGGUAAAUGUUAUACACUGAUUGGCGAAGAAUUAGAUGAAAAUGGAAAUAUAGUUGAUCCAACUAAAGUGGAAUGGAAAUCGGGUGAAGCAUUCUCAACUCCAUUGGGUCUCUGGCAUUCUCAUCAUAAUGAAUCAGAUCAGGAAGACGCUUGGAUACUUCCUGUGCAAGAUGCUGGACUAUCAUUACAUCAGGGUUUGUAUGAUAUUCGUUUUCCUGACGAAGAAUGGAAACGUAUCAAAGAAAAAAAAGUUUUACGUUCAAUUAUUUACUAG